AUGGCACCAAUACCCCUCUCUCGACCGUUGAUAUCCACUCUUAUCAGGCCUCGCGCCGAUAUCGAUAUCGAUAAUUAUACACACGGCUAUGCGCUGCACGACCGAUCGACAACGGCGCACUCAUCCGCAAUUCUCAAUCCCGGAUCCUCCCUCGUCUCCCGUCAAACGCAAGUCGUUUCCAUCCCCGCGACAUACGGCGGACUAGAUGCCGGCCCGUCCCCCGGCGUCGUUGCGGGUAUCAUCCUUGGUUCCGUCGGCGGGUUCUUCCUCCUUCUCUAUUUGAUCUACACGGCUGUCGCAUGGAACAAUAACCGCCUCAGCGUAGUAGAAGAAGAUAUAGUCGUGCGAAGAUCACCGUCCCAUCGCCGUAGGUCGCGAGAGGUGGUCGAAGUAGUCCGGUCGCGGUCACCGCCGCGAUCUCGCCAUCAUGAUCGAAUCGUGGUUGAGGAAUCGGUCACGACCCAGACGGAGGACGAUGUUGUGGAAGUGAUUGAGGAAGCCUCUUCGGUCGAACCACCACCGCGGAGGUCACGCAGAUCGGGAGGUUCGUACAGAACUGUUGAUCCGUAUGAGUAUGGCGGCGGUGAUGCUCCACCGAGACGGAUGCGCAGAUGA